AUGCCGAAGCGUACGCGAGCUUCAUGGAGCUUCCUGGGGCCAGGAGUGGCAGCGAUUUGGCAGCUGCUGGUUCCAGUUGCUGUAGGUGGUCUCUGGACUGCUGUGCUCUAUGCUCGGUUCAGUCACCAACUUCGCUUCGACCGUCCCGAGCGCACCGAAGCGGAGGAACUGCAAGCACCCGUCUCUGACUCGGCAUUCUACCUGUCCUAUUACUACGAUGUCGUGCGGGCGCCCUCGCUGCUCACUGGUCUAAACCGACUCGUCUGGGACAACCGAAGCGAGGCACCUGAGGUCGUCAAUGCUCUUCAAAAGUUCAACGUCGUGCCGGAACUUUGCGUCGCAGCUUUGCGGCGCUUUGGUGUUGGGCCGAGCGCUUUCGGUGCUUACGUCUGGUCCCUGAUAAGUUUUACCGGCAUGGGCUGCGCUGCAUUGGUGCUCACCGCCGGGCUUUUGGGAGGUGGUGCUUCGAGCCUUGUUUGUGGCUCACUCUACGCCGCGCUGUGCUUCGGUGGUGCACAGGCUGGUACGAGACUUGGCGGGGCCAGCAUGGCUCUGCGCGAGCACUGGGGCGUGCCUGCGCUCAUGAUUCAGAAUCUCUUCCUCUCGGCUGUCGUGGUACAGCGUGGCGGCAGAGGUCGGAAGCACCGGUGUCUCCUCUUGAUGUUCGCAGCAGGAACGACCAUCCUUGAGCUGUCCUGGCAGUUUGCGCCCUUUCUUCUCUUGCUGCAGCUCCUGGCAUCGCUGGGAGCCCAUGUCUUCGGUCGCCUCCAGCGGCUUUGUCUCGGAGAGGUCGCUUUGGCCCACGUGCUUGGCACUGCUGCCGCCUUGGCUGCUUCCUUCGGGAACAGGAUGCUCCUUUGCUCGCCCUUCCUUGCCUUGGCAGCAAGUACUACUGUGACUUGCCUGUUGCCGCUACCAUCGUUCCUGCAGCCUGAUGCAAGGGUAGCCCCGUUUGGGCCGCGCUUUAUCGAGGCGGCGUGGGUACUUCUGGCAGCUCUGGUUUUGGGAGCCGCGACGCAUCAAUCCCUGGCAGUCUUGGCUGCAAACGAGGAGGACAGACAUGUUCUUCAACUGCUAGCACAGAAGCUUGGUCUCGCAGCGCCGGAGGCAUCCUUUGAUGCCUUUCUUUAUCUGCAGGCACCAGAGUUCCAGUUCCUCGCGAAAAGCCACGUCUACGAGGCGGUGACCUCUGGCAUUUUGCCCUGUGCUGCAUCGUCUGCCCUGCUUUUGCUGCUUGGGUGUAUACGCUCUCGCCUGCGCCCACGCAGCGAAGAGGAGUGCGCGGAGGAAGCAGGUUGGAUCCUCCAGAUACUCUUCGCAAUCGCGUUAUGCCUCCUUGCCUUCCUGGUGAGUCGGCUUCGGGUUCUCGCCGCGCCGGUGCUGGCGCUGGUCGGUUCCCUGUGUGCUUCACCGGCACUUCUUCGAUUCUCUCUUGGUCGACAUGUGUGGCCACUCUCCUAUGGCCUCGCACCUCUUCUUGUCGCACUUCCUCUUUGGAGCAGUGACGUCCUCCACCACGUGAAGGAGGUCGGACCGCUGGGGGAGGACCGAGACAUGCGCGAUCUCAUCGCAUGGGCCAAUAGCUCGCUUCCCGAUUCGACGCUGCUCCUAGCGGACAUGACGCUCGCCGCAAAGCUACGGUUGACUUGCCCGCAGAUCCGCGUCGGAAAUCACCCUCAGUACGAAAGUCUGACGUCCCGGAAGCGCAACCGGGACUACUACAGGACUUUCACCUGCGCCUCACCUGCGCGGGUCCACGAGGUUCUGUCGCCGUACGGUGUCACACACCUGGUUCUGAACGCCAAUGCCUGCCGGGCUCGCGUCGGCAAGCUGGAUGCCUUUGUCGACGAGCCCGACCGAUGUGGGGCCGCAAAGGGGGCUGCACUGCUGCAGAGAAGCUUUUGUUCCGGUGGCUUCGCAUCAGGAGCACAAGGCUUAUUCGAGGUGGUGUACUGGAAUGCAAUAUACAUUGUCCUGCGUGUGGGCGCCUUGGGCGCCUCCCGUGGCCCUGCCUCGAAGCAGUUGGACCUCAAGCAGCUGACGGGGACCUUGGCGGCCAGGGGCUUGGCGCAGGCCGCCGUGCGAUGGCAAGGCGGGCUCCAGGUCGCCGAGAAACAGCGCGUGAGGGCCCAAGAGCUGGCGCCACGUGAUCCCAUCGUGGUGCUCGCUGCCGCUGCAGCCAAGGGUCGGAGCGGAUUCGAGGAGAUGGCAAGCGCCGCAGACCUUGCCGCAGGUGCUCCGCUAGCGCAGCGGGCACCCGCGGCUGCCGCAGAUCCUGCAGCACUCUUUCAGGUCUACCUGUCCUUCAAAGGCCUUCUCAACCAAGCCGGGCCCAAGGCUGUGAAGCGCUUGGCGAAUCUUGCAAAAGCUCUGCUGCCGCACCUUGAGGCAACCGGCAAUAGCUUCGACCUGUGCGACAUUGCCGGAUGGCUGAAGGACUGGGGGGAGACCUCGCUCGCACGAAAGCUCUGGCGGCGCGCGGCGCGCGAUCGCUUCGAUGCCUGCGUGCGCGAGGACUGGGAGAAGUGGGAG